AUGGCCGAAGAGGAAAAGCUACCGAUACCCCCCACAUUUCUCGAGAAACUUCUGUUCUACACGACGGCUACCUUCGUCCUUCUCGCCACAUUCAGCCUGUUCGCGUUCCUCUUCCUAGUUCCGUUCGUGAUCGAGCCGGCAUUCACCACGAUAUUCAUGCAGUUCGAUCCCGUCGGAGCGUUGUGCGUGACCGCCCAGGUUAAGCACUUGGUGGGUGCCAGCAACUGCACUUGGGCCUCGUGCAGGGAGGGCUGCACGAAAGACCUGUACGAGUGCACGCAGAUACGCGUCAACUACAAGCUGGGGGAGUACCCCAACGUGACCUCCACGGAGUUCGAGGCCCUGAUACGGGCCGAGAGGUCGCUGCGCAAGGACUACGAUUACGAGAGCAACUACGAGGCGCCCCUGGACAAGAACUACCCGGAGAUGGACGACCAGGAGCUCCCGGACGCUGUACCCACGGGCCUGCAGGGCAACGACUCGGAGUGGUACUUCACCGGGGCACGGUUGUUCCCGAACGUGAAGGGCUGCGGCUACCCGCCGAUACUCAACUGCACGAUAUUUUACGGCAAGUACAAGCCCCUGGGCAACAACUACACGUGCUACUACAGCCGCGUGGACCCCGGCCUCGUGAUCACCGACCUGGACAUGUGGCAGAACACGCUGAACCUCGUCUACGCGAUGGCGAUACCGAUACCAUCCUUCAUAAUCUCUGUGAUAUACUUGACGUUUGCGUACUUUAAGAUCUACAACACCGAGGAGGAGUCGGAGCAGGCGCCACUGCAGAGCGACGUGGAGGGGAUGGCAACAGGUGACGACGGAAAGCCCACCACGCCCGGCUCUGACACCUUCAGGGAGGACCUGGCCUGCUUCGGCCACCAGCUGAAGAUGCAGCUGGCCAACGAGAAGCCAAAGGAUGGCUUCGAGUCGAACAGCCCUCCGAUCUCCAAUUCCGCUUCGCUGUCCGGGACCAAGUCAUCAUUCGUGAACGCC